CAGUACUUGAAUUUAAAACACAUUCGGCGGACAUUAGCUCCAGUUAGUUUAACGUUCUUCUUCUUUUUUAUCAAUUAAAAAUGACGGAGGAGUCAGCGGUCGCGGUCUGUGUUCGAGUCCGCCCGCUUAUCGAAAGGUAAGAUUUUGAUUGAUAUACAGUCCAUGUUAACGGUCAUUUAGCAGUAGCAUUAAUGUCGACUGUUUGGCAAUAUAAGUGAGUUGAAGUUACACACGUACUGUAGCUUGAAGUGGUGGAUAUGCGUCAAGUAAACGUUGUAUUUUUUCUUCAAACGAAUUAAUUUUAGUAUGUAUUGUUGUUGUUUAGCCCCAAGUGAACCUGCCAUCAAAUUAGUGCUGUCUCAAAAUAAAUGGCUCAUUUUUAUACCUCCACUAGUAAAUAUCCAAGAGGCUACCCCUUUCCUUUGUUUCUAAUAUAUUUCAUGGGCUGAAAAAAACGCUUUACCACCCAGCAAAAAGUUGUUAACAAUUGUCAGCUGUCAGUUGUUGUUGUUAGCUAUACCAGUUGUAAACAAUGCAUAACACAGUAUUUUACCCUUACAAACACCAUAGCACUGUGUUCAUAGUUAGACGUUGGGCAGUACAAUAUAUACCACUUAUUUAGUUUCACAAAAACAAAACAGAAGUGCGGAUAAAUAAUGAAUGGUGGUCAGCCCUUGGAUUGAACCCCCAACCUUCCAAUUGGGAGACUUUACCUUUUACCUCCAAGUGUCACAGUCAACCCUGAAGUGGCUGCCAUAGACUGUAUGGUGGCAGCUUGUCAAGUAGCUCUGUGUCUGUGGUGCUGCUUUUUGUAUUUAUUAAGUACUUUAUGUUGUUUUUUUGUAACUCCUGAAUUAUCAUUAUCCAUUUUGAGCUUCCCUAUCUAUCUAUCUAUCUAUCUAUCUAUCUAUCUAUCUAUCUAUCUAUCUAUCUAUCUAUCUAUCUAUCUAUCUAUCAUAAAGUAUCUGUCUAGAUCUUCACUCAAAAACACAUCAGUGAUUUUCAAACACUUCAUUUACAAGCCUUCACAGAGGCUGUCUUUUAAUUGAAUUGAAAAUCUCUUUUUGUCUUUUUGUUUCAGGGAGGAGAGUGGUGCGUUAGAAAAUGCAGAGCCUGUCCAGUUGUUUUGGAAAGCCGAUAAGAAAUCAAUUCAUCAGAUUGAUGAUGGGAAUUCGACAAAGAGCUUUAGUUUUGGUACACUUUUCAUCUAACCCUAACCCUAACCCUCGGUCUUUGAAGACAUACAUAUAACGGAUUUUCUGUGUGCUUUGAGUUAACGUUGCUCCCUUCUUGUUCACAGACCGAGUGUUCACAGCUGAUGAAACGACCAAUCAGCUGUACCAGACGAUCGCUAAGCCUCUGGUUGUUUCCACUGUGGAAGGAUAUAAUGGUAAGUAAUAAAACCGUAAAGCGCUCAGACCUAUCUCUGUUUCUGUACAGGUUUCAUCUAUGUAUAAAUAUAAAUAUCCUGUGUUUGAUCCCCAGGAACCAUUUUUGCUUAUGGACAGACCUCAUCUGGAAAAACAUUCACCAUGAUGGGGAGUAAAGGCACUCCUGGUGUGAUCCCUCUAGCCGUGGAAGACGUCUUCCAAACUAUUAAAAAUGUAAGAAUCACAUAUUUGAACGGGCAGCAUUUCUUUUGUUUUAUGAUUGAAAUUAUCCAAUAGGUGACUUUUCUUUCUUCCCACAGUUUCCAAAGAAGGAGUUUCUUCUCAGAGUUUCUUAUAUGGAGAUCUACAACGAGACUGUGACUGAUCUGCUUGUGGACAGCUGGAAGAGAAAACCUCUGGAAAUCAGAGAGACAAUCAAUGUGAGUGGGAAUUGGGAUUCAAAGUUCAUCUUCUUUGAAAUAUUGUCUUUUAGCAAUUGCCCUUAAAAUAAACAAUUGGAAAAACAACAUUAAAAACAAACUAAUGUUAAAUAAAUCAAUUUAACAAAAUUAAAGGCCUGUAAAGUAUUAUAAAGCCAUAAUAAACGUAUUAUAAAACAUUAAAUAUUAUGGUAGUAAAUAGAGAAUUUGUAAAGUCUUGUCACAUGAAGACCAUAAAAGCAGAUAUUAAAAUCAGGUGUUAUUUUUGUACCUAUGGAGCACAAAGAAAAUAUGGCGUCUCCAGUAAAAUAAUGUAUUCAUCUGAAACUAUAAUUCCUCUCUAAAAGUCAGAGAAUAGUCGGAUCAAAACAAGGAGUUAUUCAUGUGUUUACUGAUAUUUUAAGCUCAACUGACCCAGAUAAAAGCUGCUAUGAGGUUUGUGGCAUUCAUGAAAAAGACUGAAACGAUUGUUUAUGCCUUUUCCAGUUAUCUAAAGGCAAACUGCCUCAAACCAAAGUGAGUGGGCAGGUGUCAGCUGAGCAGCUAAACAAUCAGCCCUUUUUUUACAGUCUCCACAAGAAAGUCUCUAUACAACAAAAAGACAUCAAAAAAACUUUCAUUCUGCACGUGAUUUAGAAGUCGAAAAAUUACGUUUUAUAGACGUCAUUUUGACAUCGCAUUGCACAGUGGGAUGACUCAGGCAGCAUCUUUUGGCUGAUCUAGUUCAGUCUAAGGCAGUGUUAAAGUCGCAGGGCAGCCAAUUUGAUUUGUAAUCUAACACAAAAGUUACAGCCACAUACAAAAUUACAGAUCAAAUUCUGAAAUUAUCCACAUUCCUCUGAACAUCAUUGUGUCUUCACUGUGUGCAGAAAAACAUCUAUGUGGCUGACCUGACAGAGGAGUUAGUGACGACUCCAGCACAAGCUCUGGCCUGGAUCAGGAAAGGAGAAAGUAAGAUCUCGAUUUUUUAUCACUCAGUUUAAUUUUCCCCACGAAAAGUGUGCUGAAAACUCACCGAUCUCUCUUUUUCUUCUUCUAUCAUUACAGAAAACCGUCACUAUGGAAAGACAAAGAUGAACCAGCGCAGCAGCCGCUCUCACACCAUGUUCAGGAUGGUAAGCCUCCUUUGACAACACAGAAACACAAAUUAUUUUGGGUAAAUUCAGAUUAUUCAUGAUGAGUUUUUCUUCAGAUUCUAGAAAGCAGAGAAAGAAGCGACCCAGCAUCAGGGGAAAAUGCUGAUGGAGCCAUCAUCGUGUCUCAUCUGGUAAACCAUCCACUCCUCAUCCCUGAUCUGUUUCCAUCUUUAGGAAACCUUUCUUUUGAUUUCUUGACUGUGUCAUUGUUUGUAUUCUCAUAAGUAUUUAUUGAUCUUUUUCUUUGUCUUGUAGAAUUUAGUAGAUCUUGCUGGAUCUGAGAGAGCAAGUCAAACAGGAGCUGAAGGUGAGCUAGAAAUUUGGGGAACACGGGGUCAAAGCCGGGGUUGCUUCAACAAGGACUAUAGUCUCUUUAUGUGACUUUUGUAUGAUUGUAAUUUUAACAUGUUAGAAUUCACUGAAUGUAUGUUUUCUCUGGUCCAGGUGCACGCUUGAAAGAAGGCUGCAACAUCAACCGUAGUCUGUUCAUUCUUGGCCAGGUCAUCAAGAAAGUGACGGAUGAAAACCAGAAGUGAGUAAAUAAAGUAAACAAAUCAUACAUGGUGGCCAUAUAUACCUCCCUUAAUUAUUAUUGUAAGCAUCGGUACUCCAGAUGAAACACAUGUUGAUAAAUAUGCGAUAAACUGCUCAUGUGUCUAUAAAAGAAAAUAGGAGGAAGAAUGUGCAGCUUUAACUCACAGAUAUUAAACCUUUUAUGUUUUUUUUCAGGGGUUUUACAAACUACAGGGAUAGUAAACUGACCCGAAUUCUGCAGAACUCUCUGGGUGGAAACGCUAAAACCGUCAUCAUCUGCACCAUCACACCUGUCGCUCUUGAGGAGACUCUCAGCACUCUGCAGGUGGAUAAAAUACUCAGAUUUCUGUCUUACAAACUUCCCUUUACUAACUGUGCAUAUACCAAGACAUGAUUACUGCUUUCUAAGUGGUUAAAGAAACCAUUUUUAACUAUUACAGAAACAAGACAUACAGUCAUACAGAGAAAAAGCAAACAAACACAAAACAUGGUGUCAUUCACAAAGAAAAAAAGAAAUUGAAAAAAGGUCCCUGAAGUUCUGUUGUUACCAAAUCUUGCUUUUGAUACCGAUUGAAUUAAAGGGAUAGUUCAAUUUUUCAGUUUGAAGUAAAACUACAGGAUGUUUCAUAUGCAUCAAUAUUUUUUUUUAGUUUGCCAGCACUGCAAAGAAGAUGAAAAAUGACCCUCACGUGACCGAGGUGUCUGACGAUGGAGCUUUGCUUAAAAGGUAUCGCAACGAAAUCGUCGACCUCAAACGCCGGCUUCAGGAGGCAAGUUUAAACUUUUUUUUCUUUAAACAGUCAUGUUUUGUUUAUUUGUGUUGCACAUUGAGAUAUAGCAUCCUUGCACCGACUAACUCAUGCACAACUUUUUUUAUUGUUUCACCUGCAGGUUUCUUCAGUCACGCAAACUACCGCAACAGAGAAGGAGGUUCUGUCUCAGCUGCUCCAGGAGAAGGAUCAGCUCCAGAGAGAGCAGGAGGACAGGAUCAAAAACCUGACCAAGCUGCUCGUCACCAGCUCCAAUCAGUUCCAGUCAGUACCAAAAGUAAGUCUGCUGCAAAGUACUGCUGCAGUUUGACUUAAUCCUUCUCUUAGUUUCUAUGGUCAUAUUUAUUUACCCCUGUCCUGUUUUUUUUCUAAGAUGCCGAAACGCAGAGUAACAUGGGGAGGAAAAAUGCUCAGACUCGCUCAUCCUUCGGCCUUUGAAGGAGGAAUUUCUGAGCUCAGCUACGCAGAGCCGGUCGGUCGAAAGAGGAAAGCAGACCGCUCCUGUCUGAGUGAGCUGUGUGAAGGUUCGGAAAUGUAAAAUUAAUCCGAUUCAUGAUCAAACAGGAGUGCACUGUACGAUUAAACAAGCGACUGUGUGCUUCAUAUUUUGACAGACGACGAGGAUUUCCAGUGGGAGAUUUCUGACGAGCCUCAAGAGGACAUGGAGAUGAGUCAGAACUAUGUGACAACUCGAAGCUUUGAAGACAGGUGAGUGAGUUUUUAAUGCUCAGUCUUUAAACGUUUCAACACGUCACUCAUCUGUUUAUCUGAUUUGGUGUUUUUGUCCCAGUCCCAAAGACCCGUGGUCUCAAGACUGGAUGCGUGACAUUCAGCAGAAAGACGACGCCUUGACGAAGGUGGAGGCGUUAGACAGCCGAGUGCAGGAGCUGGAACAGCAGCUGCAGACAGAGAGCCAGCACAAACAGGAGGCUCUGGAGAAGGUGGAGACGUUUGAUAGCAGAGUGAUGGAGCUGGAACAGCAGCUGCAGGUGGAAAACCAGCAGAAACAGGAGGCUCUGGAGAAGGUGGAGAUGUUAGAGCUCAGAGUGUUGGAGCUGGAACCGCAGCUACAGACAGAGAGCCAGCAGAAACAGGAGAAGAUGGAGAUGUUUGACAUCCGAGUGUUGGAGCUUGAACAGCAGCUGCAAACGGAGAGCCAGCACAAACAGGAGGCUCUAGAGAAGAUGGAGAUGUUUGACAGCAGAGUGUUGGAGCUGGAAAAGCAGCUGCAGGCAGAAAACCAGCAGAAACAGGAGGCUUUGGAGAAGAUGGAGACCUUUAAUAGCAGAGUGUUGGAGCUGGAACAGCAGCUGCAGGCGGAAAACCAGCAGAAACCGGAGUCUCUGGAGAAGAUGGAGAUGUUCGAUAGCAAAGUGUUGGAGCUGGAACAGCAGCUGCAGAUGGAGAACCAGCAGAAACAGGAGUCUCUGGAGAAGAUGGAGAUGUUGGAGCUCAGAGUGUUGGACCUGGAGAGACAGUUAGAGGAGCAAAGCCACAGUCAGAGCAGCUCUGAUGAGCAGGUGAGCCGCCUUUGUGUCGGACCAACACCUUAUGGAUCAAACUUUUUUAAAUCCAGUUUGGAUGUGUUCACAGUUUUAGGAAUAACCUUGAAACCUUUUUAUUCCAGAUGAGACGAGAAUUUGCAGAAACGAUCCAGCUGUGUGAACAAAUGGCCUCAGAGAAGGUAAAGUGUGAUUGCUGUGAUUUAUAUUCCAACUCAUACGUUUGUUUUUCACUUUGACAUGAUUUGUACAGCUGUAGUCUAUCGAUUCCCUUUUCUACAGUUUUGUCAAUGAAGCAAAAUUAAAAACUGAUUCACCCCAAAACUGAAAAAAUAUGGCAAGAAUAUGGGUGGUCUAUUUCCAUUAUUCUACAAGUUUCUCUGUGGGCAUAGGCAUAACUGUGAAUUGUAGCUGACUUACUAAAACAAGAGUCUCACAAAGAAAGAAAACAAAUAAAAAAAACUCUUGCAUGAAAAAAUGAUCCUGCCAGACCACGAAAAUUUACUAAACUUACAGUCUGCACUACUACACAGCAUUUGUUUAUGUUUGCUAUUUUACCACGCCUGUUCAUUUUUGGGAAACAGUUGGUAUGGUGGUGCGAUCCAACACCAAUAUAUAUGGGGACUCUGUAUAAGAUGAAUUUGUAUGUUUGCAGGACGUGGUGGCAGCUGAGCGCAACUAUCUGAAGGAUGAGCUCGGCAUGUUCAUCGAGCAGACGGAGAGUCUGGAGAAAGAAAACGCCGCUCUGCUGAAGGAGCUGGAGGAGAGGAGAGAGGUGAACGAGUUCGAGACUCUGGAGGAAGAGCUGAGGAACGAGCAGGAGGUAAAGUUAAAAAUGCUUCAUUUGAGAGGCAGAGCCUGAGAAAUCACCCCUGGAGUAGUCUGUUUUGAGAUGUCUGUUUAAAUACAGGGAUAAGACGCUGAGUCCUGUUUGGUCUCCCCCUACUCCUCUAUGUCUGUGACGGGAAGAUGGACACGAAAAAUAAGAUGAUGCUAGAUUUGUUUUUUAUUUCUAUGCAGGGAUUUUUUAAAAGACUUUAAUUUUCUUUGUCUGCUCUUAUAGAACAAACUGCAUGAGGAAAUCUCUUGUUUGAAGAAAGCCAACAGCGACUCUGAGCUCCACUGCCUCGAGCUUCAGGUAAGAUAACAUGCUAAAAAUCUGACAUCUUUAUUAAUAUGGACAUUUGUUUUUGCCAUUUUUACUUAUAAGGCAGAAGUUUAGUUUUUGUCAACAUGAGGAGGUGACCCGUGUGAACCAUUAUAACUGUAGAGGCUGAAUUGUUUACCUGCUAAUAAGAACAAGCUUCAGGUUAGGAUAAACAACAUUCACCUGUCCAGCCGCUACACUGAGAAUCUACCUCCAAAUAAUGACAAGUUCAAUGGGUUUAAAUGAAUCUGUACACAAAUCAAUGCAAAUUUGAUCUAGCUAUUAGUUAUUCUUAUUAAUAGACAGUAAAAUGAUGUAUGUUUUUUUUAUCAUUUGUUUUUCCAGAAAAAACUUGAGUCUCUGUCCGAGGAGCUGAAGAGGAAAAGCGACUUUGCCGAGGAACUCCAGAAUAUGGUGUGUUUGAUUCCUUUCUUCGUUUUCAUCUUAAACAAACACAAAACAGAUCAUUUAAAAAAGGCAUUUUAACGGCAUUUACAAGGAGAUGACUCACAGUUAAACCACCAACAGGAGACAAAUGACUGAAAAACUUACUGAAAUAUAAAACAUGGACAGAGGCAGAGCAAUCGAAACAUUUUCUUGUUUUAAUGUGUAACAUUUUGUUAUUAUUUCAUAUAUAUGGCACUGGGACGAAUGUUCAGACAUGCGCAGUGGGGAGGAGAACCCCCUUAAUAAAUCAGAAUGAAGAGUUGGCAAAAGGACAUAAACGUCAUGUUUAUUGAACAGUAGUAAACAAAUGUACUUUUUCCCAAUAAACAGCAACACGGAAUCAAAACCCCAGGUGAUAAAUACCAGGGGGGCUUUGCUGGGUCAUGUUUGGUCAAAGUGUCUCCAGUUCAGUGUUACAAACUGUCAUUGUGUUCAUGUUUUUUAAUUAAAGCUAAAUCAGUUCCUGUCAUAUUUCCUCUGCAGAACGGUAAAGAUUUGGUGCAGGAAGUCACGAAGCUUCGCCGCUCUCUGGACGAUGCCGAGGGCGUCAGCAGAGACACGAAGAAGGAGUGGGCUCACCUGCGCAGCCAGAACAUCGCUCUGGAGGAGGCAAAUGUGAGUGAAUUUAAGUUGUUUGUUCUUCUCUGCACAAACCUAAUAAACUCUAACAUUUUCAGCUGUUAUUUAUUUACAGUGACAAUUAAUGUGUUGUUUCUUUCUCUGUUUCCUCUCCAGGUGAGUCUGAGCACCAGCCACGAGAAGAUGAAGGCUGAGGCAGAAAGCAUGCGCUCUCAGCUCGAGGCGGAAAAAUCCAGUUUCAGAAAGAUUCAGAGCGAUCUGGAGAAAGAGCUGAACGUCGCGUUUGACGAGAACACCAAACUCACUGCGCUGCUGGACGGAAAAGUCCCAAAGAGUGAGUCUAAAGUUUAUGAAUCAAUUCUUUAUUCUCUUUCAUUUCUAGAAAAUAACUUGUAUAUGUAGACUUUUCAUUUCAUAAAUACAGUGAAACCUUGAAAACUCUGAACAUUUUGUUGGUAAUUUCAGGAAAUUCAGACCCCGGUAUUUUUAGAAACUUCCUGUUAACAUAUGAUUCUCGUUUUAGAGACUGUCUCUGUCGGACACGUUCCCACAGUGUAUCUGAGGGGAACAAACACUAGCGGUCUUCAUAACAUGACAACUCUGAACUGUAAAAUCAGAUGUACGAUGUUCUAUUUCUUUAGAUCUGAUGGAUUCUGUGGAGCUGGAGAGGACGGUGUCCAACCUGAACAAAGAACUGACAACGUCUCGAGCAGCAGAGGAGACCCUCAGAGCCCAGCUGGAGGAGCUCGCCUCUUCACAGGCUCAGCUGGAGAAUCUGAUGCAGCAGGUCAGUCCUCUGAAAGCCCCCCCCACAUGAGAAUAUUAUCUCAUAAUCUUGAUUUAAUCCCGUGGUCUCAUUUUGUGUCAUCAGGUACGUGAACUGACCGAGGAGCUGUGUGCGACCCAAACUCAGAGAGAUGGUCUGAUCUCAGCUCAGACUCAGAGUCAGGAGGAGGCUCAGCAGCUCCGAGACUCCCUACAGGCGAGCCAGGAGGAGAUCCUGAGCGCACGAGAGGAGGUUAGCGCGGCAACGCUGAGAGAGGAGCAACUCAGGGAACAGCUGGAGUCAGUGCAAUCUUCCCUGGAGAACUCUGAGGCUGAGAAAAAUCUGCUUAAUACUGCUGUCGAGGAGAAACACUCAACGGUAAGACACAGAGUCUUCAAAAGGAUGUUUUGGUGACAGAAAGAUGAGAAUAAUAAGCUUCUCCUUCCAUUUAUAAAUAGUAGUAACAACAAAAAAUGCAUCAUCAGUGUUUGAAGUGUUUGAACUGACAUUAAAAAUGAUCCCUGCAGAUCCAGAGUCUGUCAGCAGAGCUUCAGUGUGUGCGAGAGGAGAAGGAGACUCUGCAGACCAUCGCUCAAAGCUCUGCAGAGGAGACGGAGAAGCUGCAGUCUGCUGUGUCUUCUCUCACCGAAGAGAGAGAUCAGCUCAAGACAGACAUGCAGGAAAGUGUGGAGAUGGUGAGUCAACAACAGACCAUGAUUAGUCUGGAUUACAAGUUUUAUGUCAGCUGUUUAUCUUUGUUUUAGCAGUUAAAAGUCUGAAAUAUUAACAUGUUAUCGAAUUGAACAGAUGAUAGAAAAUCAGGAGGAGCUCCGGUCAGCUCUGGAGAAAACUAAGGAACAGAAGAAGCUAAUCGAACAACUACAGACCGCACAAACAUCCAAACAGGACACUCUUCAGUCUGAGACAAGUGAACAGCUGGAGAAACUACAAACACAGGUAAGAGUUUUUUAGGGCAUCAGGAAAACUUUGUCUGUCUGUUUGUUGGUCAGAUAGUCAAAAUCAUUCCUUGAUAACAUUUUUAUGGCCACUGUGCUGAUUCCUGAUCAAUAUUUUUCCUGAUCCCUCAGAUUCAGAGCCUGACGGAGCAGCUGCAGAGCGUCCUAUCAGAGAGAGACUGUCUGCUGAGUGAGAGGACGGCCAGCUCUCACAGCGAGGAGAUGGAGAAGCUGCAGCACAGAGUGACGUCUCUCAGCACGGACAGAGAUCAGCUGCAGGAGACUCUGGAGGCUCUGAGAGAGCAGAAGCAGCAGAUCACACAAGAAAUGCAGGACAGGGUGGACACACUGCAGGCUGAGGUUGGUGCUGGAGAGACUUCAUUUUUGGGUUUCAACACCAAGUUCCCAGAAACUUGAAUGUACUUGUCUGAGGGAGAAGAAUUUAUAGACCUAGUUUGAUGAUUUUUUUUUUUCCUUUCUUGGAUUGAAAAAAAUCCGAUUUUAUUUUUCGCCUGUAUUGAACAGCCUUAGUUGAUUCAAACUGUUAAAUAUCAGUUGUUUUGUUGUCUUUAUUUUAAUUUAUCAUUUUUUCACUCUGUCAUUCCAGUAUGCUGAAACCCAAAUUCUACUUCAGACUCUUGAAAACAAGCUUGAGGAGAAGAAUUCAGAUCAGAAGACACUCUUAGAGCAAAAAGAGUCUGGUCUAAUGGAACAGGUGAGAUUUCUCUUAGUGAAGCUGUCUUCUUUUCCUUCCCUGUCAGUGUUAAAACUGACUGACCUUGAAAAUGAUCCCUGCAGAUCCAGAGUCUGUCAGCAGAGCUUCAGUGUGUGCGAGAAGAGAAGGAGACUCUGCGGACGUUGGCUCAGAGCUCUGCAGAGGAGACGGAGAAGCUGCAGUCUGCUGUGUCUUCUCUCACCGAAGAGAGAGAUCAGCUCAAGACAGACAUGCAGGAAAGUGUGGAGAUGGUGAGUCAACACCUGACCGUGAUCAGUCUGGAUUACGACAGAAAAUAACAAAAGUUUUCUUUCAGUUGUUUAUCUUUGUUUUUAUGGAUCUCCCAGUCUGAAAUAUGAAUGUGUUCUUGAAUUGAACAGAUGAUAGAAAAUCAGGAGGAGCUGCGGGCGGCUCUGGAGAAAAAUACAGAGCAGAAAAAACUGAUCGAAGAGCUACAGACAGCACAGACACCCAAUCAGGACACUCCACAGCCUGAGACAAGUGAACAGCUGGAGAAACUACAAACACAAGUAAGAGUUUCUGCUAGAGCUUUAUUUACCUCCAUGUGUCUUAUAGUUCACUUUCACUUCAACAGCUUCAUCACUCUGGUUUUUGCACACACAGAUCACACAAGAAGACGGUUGUCAGAGAAACACAAACAUACUAGGCUGUGCGCAUGAAGGCAUCACAGUCAUCAAAUGAUCUUUCAUUAGGGCUUACUGGUCAUGCCACCCUGCUGAUUUCUUCUGUCAGGAUACGAUUCUGCUAUUUUUGUAUGUCUGCUUCGGUUCAGCAUUUAUUCAGUCAGACUUUCCAACCAUGUGAGAAAAAAUGUCUGAAUUUGAAACAGAGACAGGCACACAAAGACAUAAACCUGCAGCUUCUGUGUAUCAUCCAGGAGUGUAAUGUGUUUGUAUUAAGAGUAAUGUUGAUUAUAAAAGCGGGGAUGAUUUGAAAAAUCUAUUUAUGGGACAAAGUCAGAUACUUAGGGUUCUAGCAGCUUCUACUUCAUAUCUAGUUUGAUGUCUGAUUGUUGAAGAUAAAAAGUCUCAAUAAUAAAAGUACAAAAGAUUUCACAUUGAGGGUUGAGGUGAGUGCUCUGUGAAUAAAUCCUGAUCAAUAUUUUUCCUGAUCCCUCAGAUUCAGAGCCUGACGGAGCAGCUGCAGAGCGUCGUAUCAGAGAGAGACUGUCUGCUGAGUGAGAGGACGGCCAGCUCUCACAGCGAGGAGAUGGAGAAGCUGCAGCACAGAGUGACGUCUCUCAGCACGGACAGAGAUCAGCUGCAGGAGACUCUGGAGGCUCUGAGAGAGCAGAAGCAGCAGAUCACACAAGAAAUGCAGGACAGGGUGGACACACUGCAGGCUGAGGUUGGUGCUGGAGAGACUUUAUUAGGGUUUCAAUACCAAGUUGUAUGCAGCCUGAAUUUAAUUUAUAGUUCAGCAUUUUGUCUUGAUUUUAGUUGAAGAUCUACAUUAUCCAAAAUUAAAAAAAAAAAAAUUGGUCUGAGAAAUAUCUCUAAAAUAUCCUCCAAUGAUUCACGUCAAUAAGAGCUGCUUUGUUUGGAUAAGCUACUGCUGUCUUCAUUUUUUUUUCAGAAGCUUUUGAUCCCCUACUGUUGCUUCUGCAUAGCUGUUGUAUCAUCUGUUGAAUAUCAGUUGUUUUGUUGUCCUCAUUGUAAUUCAUCAUUUUUCACUCUGUAAUUCCAGGCUGCUGAAACCCAAAUUCUACUUCAGACACUUGAAAACAAGCUUGAGGAGAAGAAUUCAAAUCAGAAGACACUCUUAGAGCAAAAAGAGUCUGAUCUACUGGAACAGGUGAGAUUACUCUUAAGUGAAGCUGUCUACUUUUCCUUCCCUGUCAGUGUUUGAAGUCUUUGACUGACAUUAAAAAUGAUUCCUGCAGAUUCAGAGUCUGUCAGCAGAGCUUCAGUGUGUGCGAGAAGAGAAGGAGACUCUGCAGACGUUGGCUCAGAGCUCUGCAGAGGAGACUGAGAAGCUGCAGUCUGCUGUGUCUUCUCUCACCACAGAGAGAGAUCAGCUCAAGAUGGACAUGCAGGAAAGUGUGGAGAUGGUGAGUCAACACCUGACCAUGAUCAGUCUAGAUUACAAUAGAACAUAACACGUUGUUUUCCAUCAGCUAUUAAACUAUUUUUAUGGAUCUCCCAGUCUGAAAUAUGAACGUGUUCUUUAAUUGAACAGAUGAUAGAAAAUCAGGAGGAGCUGCGGGCGGCUCUGGAGAAAAAUACAGAGCAGAAAAAACUGAUCGAAGAGCUACAGACCACACAGACAUCUAAACAGGACACUCUUCAGCCUGAGACAAGUGAACAGCUGGAGAAACUACAAACACAGGUAAGAGUUUCUGAGGGAAUCAGGAAAACUUUAGAUCUGUUGGUCAGAUAGAAAGUCACAAUCAUCCUUUGAUGAGAUGUAUCAAAAACAGGAAGGUCACUGCCAGAGCUGGAUCAACUUUUUAUUAUCUCAAAGUUCAAUCAAGCUGAUUUGUUUGUUUAUGGUUUUGACUUUUGCACAUAAAGAGGCUGCUCUGGUCUUGUUGUUUGCUAAGGACAAGGUCAAAUACCUCGGGUUAGGACCGCUCCUCCUCCCUCUAUUUUGAUGCUUAAUAGUUGUAGAUAAGAAGUCUGAAUGAUCAGAGGACAAAAAGAUUUUACAUUGAUCCCUCAGAUUCAGAGCCUGACAGAGCAGCUGCAGAGCAUCCUAUCAGAGAGAGACUUUCUGCUGAGUGAGAGGACGGCCAACUCUCAGAUUCACAGCGAGGAGAUGGAGAAGCUGCAGCACAGAGUGACGUCUCUGAGCACGGACAGAGAUCAGCUGCAGGAGACUCUGGAGGCUCUGAGAGAGCAGAAGCAGCAGAUCACACAAGAAAUGCAGGACAGGGUGGACACACUGCAGGCUGAGGUUGGUGCAUUCACACACUGAUGUGCUGCCCCACCAUAACAAAAAAAAGAGUGUUUUUGUUGUAAAGCUCAAACCUGAGAGCCCUACAAAAACAAGUUGGUUCAGGUCUUCUACCAGAUUUGAUAACAACAUAAAAAAGCAUGAAUUACGGCCAUAUUUGUCUUAAAAAAUUUUCAAAGUUUUUUUAAUACGGUGUGAUUUUUGUCUUUCAUAGAUGAACCAGCUUCAAGGUACACUCCAGGCUGUCAGCCAGCAGAAGAACCAGCUGGAGGAUGACCUGCAGCAAAACAUGGAGACAGUAAGGCGACUUAGAUAUUAAGAGCCUGCACUAACACACAACUAUGUUUUGGAACUCUUACAAAGAAAUCUCAGUUUUUUUUUUUAACCAUUAUUUUCAUCUUUUUAGGCCACACAGACUCAAAGUCGUCUGAACUCACUUCAAGAGCAGCUCCAGGAGCAGACAGAGAGAAACAUGGAGGUGGAAAGACUGAGCCAGGAGAGACAAACUCAGGUAUUAACUUCAAACCAUUUCAACUUCAUCUGAAAUCUUUGUUUCUUUUCUCAAAGACUAAACUUUUUUUCUCUAUAUCUUGAUUUCAGGUCACUGAGGCUGAGUGUCGUCUGCAGUCUGUCCAAGAGGAGCUCCAGCAGCUGAAACAAAAACAAGCGAAUCAGAUGAAACUCUCUGAGCAGAAGGAAUCAGACUUGGAGCAACAGGUCAUUUUAACCUUAAAUCAUUGAUGUUUUAAAUCGUGUUGCGUCUUCUUAACCAGGGUUUGAGACUUAAAGUUGAAUAUUUUUGUUCAAACAGAUAAAAGGUCUAUCAGAGCAGCUCGUGGGUGUCCAAGCAGAGAGAGACGACCUGCUGUUGGAGAAAGAGGCGAGCUGUCAGAGAGUCUCAGAGGAGAUGAGGAGACGAGUGACGUCUCUCAGCACGGACAGAGAUCAACUGCAGGAGACUCUGAACGCUCUGAGAGAGCAGAAGCAGCAGAUCACACAAGAAAUGCAGGACAGGGUGGACACACUACAGGCUGAGGUUUGUGCAUUCAUACAAACAUGGUUAGUCUUAUUGUUAGUAAGGCUUUUAUUUGACAUGUUUCCUUUUAUCUUCAGAUCACAUCCCUCCGAGAGCAGCUGAGCAAGCAGAAGGUGGAGGAAGCGGAGAGAGAGGCUGAGCUGCAAGAAAAAGUACAUCCAACUCAUCUCAUAGUGCUGGAAUUUUCUCUCACCUGUGAGCUCUGUACUGACCAUGUCUCUGUCGGUGAAUUUUCAGGUGCAGCAGCUCAAGGAGGAGCUUCAGGUGACCAGGGAGAAACAAACAAUUCCUGAGACUGAAGCUGACACUUCACAGCAGGUCUGUUAUCACCCCUUCUGGUCUGAACUGAACUCAGAGUUUCAGGAUCGAUCAUCCUCAUCGAGUUAGCGGUCACUUCUUUUAGCUCCAUCUGCUGAGUAUUAGGAUGUAACAACAAAAUAUGGAGGCUGUUUAUUACAGAUGGGAGAAAAAAUUUAUUCAUAUGCGUAUCGCAAUUUUUUUUUUUUUACAAUUCGGAGAUCUUUUUAUUUGUUGUUGUUCAAAAAUUGAUUGUUUUUUUUUUUUUUUUUUUUUUAUUCCAAUUUGGGGAUCUUUUUUUGUUCAAAAAUUGAUUGUUUUUUUUUUUACAAUUUUGAGCUUUUUUUUUGUUGUUCAAAAAUUUUUAAAUUAUUAUUAUUAUUUUUUUUUUAUUUAAGGAUAAGUCUUAAAAAAUGACUUACAUGUGAUGUGUAUUUUUGGGGGAAAUAUGGUUCCUGGAAUAGUCAGUAGACAAUUCUAAUCAUUCAACCGUUUCAUUGGUGUUAAAAAUGCAGACUAAAAAUCAAGAAAAUCGACAAUAUAAUAGAAUCACAAUUUAAAUCGAAUCGGCAUCCAAAAAAAUCAUAGAAGAAUCGAAAUGGGAGAAAACCAUUAUGUCCCAGCUCUAUUGUUUAUCAUAGCAUAUGCAAAAAAAAACAAAUAAAUAAAGGUUCAGUCCUUCAUUUUUUUUGUUUGCUUCUCUUUUAGUUGCUCAGUGAAGCAAACAAAAGCACUUACGCUCUUCAAGAACAGCUGAGCAGCAAGGUCAGAGAGUCCGCAAUGUCACGACUGCAAGAAUCCACCGACCAGCUUCAGGUAAUUUCAACACAUUUUGACUUUAUUGACGUCUAAGAGCUGAGCAUAAACUCUGACACCACUCUACUCCCAUUACAGGAGGCCCUCAAGAAGUUCGAGGACUUCCACAAAUUCUGUUUCAAGUACAACUCUAAAGCUCUGAAGAAGAUUCAGCGCGACAUGCCUUCUCUGACCCAUCUGCCAAAUACCACCUUAAACCUCUUCAAUGCCGUCGAUGAGAUGGGGCAGCAAGGUUUCCGGACUCUGGGAGAAUUCAUGGUAAAAAUAGAGUUUCUUACAAUUUAAAAAGUGAGAGAGGUCUCAUCAAUUAAGGGUCUAAAAUGAACGUUCCUGCCGCUUGCCUCCUCAGGACAACUUGCAGGCGAGGGCCCAGGGCUACAAGACUGUCUUUGAGGAUCUGGUGCAGAAAGAUCUGGAUGUUUACGAGGAGAGACGCCUGCAGGACGUGCUGCAGUGCAAAGCUCAGGCAACCAGCUGCUCUUUGAAGGAUGAAGAUUUCAACAUGUUGUGGGAGCAAAGACUGAGCAGGCUGCUGGAGAAAAGAACCCUCUGCCUGCAGGUGAGCUCUGAUGCUCUGCAUGUCACUUUUUCUUGAAGGAGUUUCUGUCCUUUUUUAGAAUGAAAAAGCCACAACUCCAUUUCAAGGCAAGAAGAAGAAUCAUUGGAAAAUCUGCAGUGAAACAGGAAGUCAUCAUUUACAGUUUCUCUGUGUUUUACAGGAUAUGGAGAGCGUUCUGGGGAAGCUGUGGAAAAUCAUCGAGCCUUUCUGCCAGGAGCUGCAGAUUGAGAUGAAAUCGAUGGAGAGAUUAGCUGGCAAUUUCAAGAACAUCAUGAAACAGCCAGUCAGCUACGGCAACAACUUCCUGAGUCAGGAGCAGGACCUCAGGUCUGCAGAGGCUCACAACCGGGCGAAAACUUUCCAGGUAAAAGCAGUUAAUACACACCACUGUUUUUGUAUAUCCAUACAUUUUUGUUUGUUUGAAAGAAGUUAUUCUGCUCCCUGUUUUUGACUUCAUGUUUGAUCACUUGAUUACAGUUUGGAUUGUUCACAAAAGAAAAGGUACCAAACGGAUUCCUACACUAGAUUAAUCUAAGUGUAAUUGCUUGUCUGCGCCCCACAGAGCAUCACUGAUGAGCACAACCGACAGGCUGAGUCGCUCAAGCUGCUUCAAUCUCAGACCGACAACGAGCUCAGAGAGGAGAGAAGCAGGAGGUCCACUCUGCUGCAGGCACUAGAGGGCGCUCCUCUGAAGACAGAGCCGUCUCUGCUGAAAGACAACCAGCGACUUCUUUUGAAGCUCCAGCAAACUGAGGAGAGAAUCAGAGUAAGUACGCUUCAUGUGUGUCCUUUGACAUUCAGUGCAAAUGAAACAUCUAAUCUGUAGUAACAGUGAGCUCAAGCAUUUCUACUUUUGAGUAAUCAUAAUCCACAUCUGAAGAAAGAUUUAGUAACUGUACUUCAAGCAAACAAAUUCAUAUAACUCAGGACAGGGUCGUGUUCACCUCUGUGUUUCAUGAGCGCCUCUUUUACCAACACUCUGGAAAUGUUAGUGAGCCCAAGAGACCCGUUUCUGGAGUUUUUGCAGGCUGCUAUUUGAGUUACAACAAAUAUGAGGGUUUGAAAAUCUUCAUAUGGAGGUUGGAUCCACUACCUACAAAAAGGGAUAAGGGCCACAAGAAGAGAAAAAAAUUAUUACAGGAGGGAGAUUUUUAAAAUUUCGAGAUUAAAGUCAAGAUUUUAAAAAGUCAAAUUUUCGACUUUAUUCAUAUUGACUUUAAUGUCACAAUUUCAACUUAAAUUUAAAAUUUUAUUAAUUAACAUUAAUAACUUUUCAACAUUUUGUUAUCUCCAAAUUUCAACUUUAAUCUGGAAAUUUUGUUUUUAAUGUCAAAGUACGGACUUUAUUAACAUAAUUUAGAUUUUUUUUAGUCUCGAAUUUCGAUUUUAAUCUCCUUCCUGUAAUUAUUAUUAUUUUUCUCUUCAUGUAGCCCUAAUCCUCUUUCACAAUUAUCUCAUCUCAAACAGAAAGAAAAUAAUUACAGGAAGGAAAUUAAAAUCAAAAUUUCAAGAUUGAAAAAAAUCCAAAAUUAUGUCAAUAAAGUCAAUAUUUCGACAUUAAAAAUUGAAAUUUCGAGAUCAAAGUCGAAAUUUGGAGAUAACAAAAUGUCGAAAAGUUAAUAAUGUUGAAAUUUUGAGAUUAAAAAAAUUUAAAUUAUGAGAUUUAAGUUGAAAUGUUGACAUUAAAGUCGACAUGAAUGAAGUCAAAACUUCAACCUUUUAAAGUUUCGAAUUUCAUCUCAAAAUUUGGUCUUUAAUCUUGAAAUAGAAAUUUGAAAAAAACCUCCCUCCUAUAAUUAUUUUUUUUCUCUUCAUGUAGCCCUUAUCCUCUUUCAUGAUUAUCUCAUCUCAAACAGGCAUGGCUGGAAAACCUAAAUGUGUGACAGUUGUGUUUUUUUUUGUGUUUUCAGGCUUUGUGUGAAGAGAGAGAGCAGCUGGAGGAGGCUCAAAUCACCACCAACAGCCGCUUGUCCAACCACAAACAGGCCACGCAGCUUCUGCAGACCGAGCUGCAGGACAGCCAAGCACAGGUGGAGGAGAAGGAGAGCAUAAUCCAGACUCUGAGAAGCAAACUGAGGCAGUCUGAGGUUCGUCUAAACAGCUUCUCUUAUAAAUAUCAGGGAUGGCUGUGGCUUAUAUCUUUGCAAUAAAUUCUAACUUUACAUGCUCUGCUCUGAGCAGUUUUUUUGACAUGAUGAUCAUUUUGUUUUAGGAAAACGCCCCCCCAAGUGUUGCAGAGCUGGAAAAACUGAAAAAUAAACUUUUCAAAGUGGAGACAGAUUUGAGCUCAGCAUCUGAGAAACACCAAAUAGAGUAAGAGCUUGAUUCUCUUUCUCUGAUAUUGUGAUUGGUUAGUGGUGUGUUGUAGUUUUAGGGUUUUAGUGUUUUCCUUCUUUUUAAGUCGUUAUAUAAGAAAUGAUUAAACCUUUCAGUUUGUUUUUUGUGACGAAUAAUGGGGAAAAUCGGACGUCCUCGACCGACUUUGUUUCCCCUCUCAAAAAGAAAACGUAGGCUCUUCAUUUACUGACUCUUUGUCUUUGUCAGGAUCAAGAGGAUGACUGCACUGCUGAAUGGAAAAGAGGAGUCUCUAAGAAAGCUGAAGGAGACUUUGAGGAAAUCACAGCAGCAGGGAGAGGAGUCCUGUAAGUCAGCAGGAAGUUAGUUUUAGUGUAAUAACUAUUUCAACAUUUUGGUCCCUGUUUGUGGAGCUCUUUGUUUGUAACUCAUCUAAAGAAGAUAAUAACACACUGUGGUUGUUUUGAAUUCAGUCCUACAGGGUGAGGACCUUCAUGCCAGACUGACAAACCCCAAAGGUUCACUCAUCACGAGCAGUGUCCUGCAGGAGAAGGCCAAGCUGGAGGAGGAAGUGAAACAGCUUCAUCUGAAAAUAGCCGAGCUGGAGAGGUGAGGCAACGUUUGACGGUGAAACUUCUCAGACAGGUGGUGUUUAAAUUGUCGUAGCUGACAUCUUGUCCCUCUGUCACAUCAGCCUGGUGUCCAGUCAGCUGGUCGAGAUCAACAAGUGGAAGAGCCGAGCCGUCAAGCUGAAGGCCAAGAACAAAAGCGACACGGACAAGUCACCCCCUCGCACUCCAGCCAAAAGAGACCUCCCCGACACCUCUGACUCUUCCAUCAUCCACAGCCCACUGAAGAAGUUUGUAGCUGCUCCCAGGGAGGUUCUCGACUCUCCAAGAAAGAUUUUGUCUGUCAAGAAUCUGCCCGACUCUCCCAAGGUCCCUUGGCUCAACUCUCCUAAGAGCAGGUUCUUCGAUAUUGAAGGGAGUUCAGAUCUGAUUUCCAGGAACUGUCCCAAACAGUUCUUUGAUAACUCCGGCCUGGGAACUGUUCCAGGUAAGUUUUAGCUUAAGUUCCUUACUGUACUGUUAUGUGAUAAUGGCGACAUCAUAUAGACCUGCACUGUUUGUUUUGACAGAGAUCUCCCAAGCUCCUGACACAUCAGAUGCAGAGAGGGGUAAUUGCUGUUUCGUAGAGCUAUGUUUCACUGAGGGUGUGCUAACAGAAACACAGGGUAAUAGGGUUUAACCAGUCUCCCUUAUCAGGACACAUGCACCAACCCUCUUUCGUCAAAGCCAUAAGACUCCAUUGACAAAAUCAAUCAAUUUAUAUUGAUCAGGGAGAGGGUGCUGCUGUCCAUGUUGGCUUAGUUUCACUGGGUAAUUGUGUGUAAUGAAAAUAUCUUGAAUCUGAACUAACUAUCCAUUUAAAGCCUCUGAUUGUAAAGCAAACUAAAGAUUUAUUAAACUUGAUAAUUGAAAGAAAACACCAGGUCCUGCUGACUGCACUCUUUAGCAUGUUAAAACCCAUAAUUUGUUGUUUGAAAGUACUUUUCUCCGGUUUAGCCAUGCCCCACGGGUCCAGGUCCAGUUUCCCCUUGUGGCCUCUUUCACGUCACUCAUCACUCUCUCCUUUGUUUCCUGCUCUAUCCACCAUCCUCUAUCUGUCACUUAAGUCCAGUAAUUUUCUUUGUUUCAAGUGUGGAUAAUUGAUUUUGUCUAAAACAGAAUCUGGUGUGUUGCAGGUGCAGCAGUUGGAGGACUGUCCGCGGACAAAAAGGAGGAGUGGUGGCCUCUUACUCAAGAGAAGGAACAAUGCAAAACUCAGUAAAAUGUUCCACAUGUGCAAUAUUUGUCUUUUUAAAUGUCUUUAGCUUCAGUAUUUUUAGUUUGAAAUAAA